AUGGAAAAAGUUAAAGAAGCCGGAAAUGCAGUAGCCGAAAAAGUUAAAGAAACAACAUCUGGUCUAUCAUCUGACGCACACAAAGAGGCGGCAAAAGAUAGUAAUCGAUCGAUUGGUAAUCGAGCUGGACAUGCCAUCGAUGCUGGAACCGAUAAAAUUGAAGAAAAAUCGCAUGAAGCUAAAAAAGAAGGACAUAAAGAAGAAAGUGGCAUUAUUGGCACAGUUACAGAAAAAGUAAAAGAUGCCUAUAAUUAUGUAGCUGAAAAAGCUCAAGAAUUAACAAGUGGCGCAUCGUUUGAAGCAAAUAAAGAAAAAGCAAAAGAUAGUGACAAUCGCGUUGGAGAACGAAUUGGUGCUGGUAUCAAUGCGGUUGGUGACAAAAUUGAAGAGAAAUCGCAUGAAGCACAAGCAAAAUAUCAUAAAGAACAAUUAUAA